CCAGUGACACAUAGAUGAAUGUGAUUCUCUUACAGCCUCCACCACGUCGAUGAUUCCAGGGCAAAACCAAAGCUGGGUUUCUGAGUUUAUCCUGCUUGGCUUCUCCAGUGACCCCACGACCAACAGCAUAUUCUUCAUUGUAUUCCUUCUCAUCUACCUGAGCUCAGUCAUGGGCAAUGGGCUCAUCAUCCUGCUGAUCUGCCUGGACACACAUCUGCACACUCCCAUGUACUUCUUCCUCUGCAUACUCGCCAUGUUGGAUAUGGGCUGUGUCACCACCACUAUGCCCCAGAUGUUGGUGCAUCUUCUUGCUCAUUCUCAGAGCAUCUCCUUUGCGGGAUGCUGGCUCCAGAUGUAUGUCUUUGGUGGUCUUGUUACUACUGAGUGUACCUUGUUUGUUGUCAUGGCUUAUGACAGAUAUGUGGCCAUUUGCUACCCACUGCAUUAUACCGUCAUCCUCAACUGGGGACUGUGCAUACGGUUGACAGCUGGGUCUUUGGUCUGUGGUUUCUUCUCUGCUUUGUUACAUACUUUCUUCACCAUGAGUCUACCAUACUGUGGGCCUAACAGAAUCAACCACUACUUCUGUGAAGGCCCUGCAGUACGUAACCUGGCUUGCAUGGAUACCCACCUCAUUGAGAUGGUGGAUCUGGUCUUGAGUGUUUUUAUGAGUCUUAUUCCAAUUUCCCUCAUUGUGACCUCCUACAUUCAUAUUGCCAAGGCGAUUCUGAAGAUCAAGUCCACCCAGGCCCGCUGCAAGGCUUUCUCUACCUGUACCUCCCACCUGACUGUGGUCUCAUUCUUCUAUGGUCCAGCCUGUUACAUCUACAUGAGACCCAACUCUAGCUUCUCUCCUGAGCGAGACAAGCAGAUCUCACUGUUUUACAAUGCCUUUACCGCCUUGCUCAACCCUGUGGUCUACAGUCUGAGGAACAAGGACAUCAAGAGGGCAUUUCUCAAGGCAAUGGGGCAUGGUAGGAUGGACUAG